AUGCUUCGGAUAGUGGCUGUUCUAGCCCUUGUGGCUUUGGGUCAAGCCCAAGACUGCUCUACUCCAACUGGAUCUAGAGAAGUUUUUGGAAAGUACUUGCAAUGUAUAAAGGAAGGUCUCGAUGCCAACUAUGGAAUCUAUGAAGACGAAAUCCGAGAGCACGGAAGAAGAGCUGCCACCGCUUGCUUCGCUUCAAGCAUUGAAGAAGGAAACACUAAAGACCGUUGUGUUCUUAACGCCAACGAUCUCAACCAAGUCGCUUGGGACCGUCAUGGGCCACUUAGAGAUUGUACUAUCUGUCGUACUUUCGCUUCCGGAGCUUUGAAAGCCAUCAAGUCUACCCCUGCUGAAGAUCAAAAGUGCAUCCGUCAAGAGAUCACCAAAGCUAUCGCCCGUGAAGCCACCUAUUGCCUUCGUAAAAAGAUCGCCGACUUCCCAGGAGUUCCAGAAAUUCCAGAUUUGGAGGAAGGAAGUUUCAACUUCAAGGACUCUGUUAUCUCUUCUUUAUCUGACCACAUUCUCAUUCACUCUCGUUUGACUUUCUGUGGUGAACGUAAACCUCAACGUGCUUCUAACACCCGCAGCUGCUUGAACAACCCAUUCGUUGGAUAUCUCGCUGAACACUGCAAAGUUUUGUCUAGCUGUGAUGCUCGUCUUGCUGUUGGAAGCUGUGCUCAGACCAUUCCUAACACCAGAUCUGCCACUUGCUCUUGUAUCAAUGAGGCUCGCGAUGACUUGAAGAAACGCAUUGCUUCUAUCUCUCAAGUCUUCCAUGAUCUUCUCAAUGGAGGUUUCGGAGGAGUAUCUAUUGGAUCAUCCAACAAGGUUGAUGUCUGUGUUGCCAACAUCAAGAAGCAAAUGAUCACACCAGUCAACGAUUGGGUUACUGUUAUUGACUCUGCUCUCUCCAACUGUAUCAAGAACAGACCAGCUGGCCAGAACCUUGGAAUGGAAGCUAUGCUCAACGUUGGAUGUCGCAAAGUUAUUGCUGAUACUACUGGAGCUGCGUCAAGCCAACUUAAGACUGGUUUUGAUUUUGUUAACAAUCUCAUUGACGCCAUGGUCGAAAGAAGUGGACGUUUCUGUGGAGGAUCUCACUGUCUUCAGGUUCGUCUUUCGACUUCGAAUGUGCGUGUGAGAGUGUGA